AUUAAAAAAACAAUACCUAUUCUCAAAAGGAAGAGUAACAUGCGGUUUCAAAAAAUAGAGGGAAUUGGCUUUGGGGUUUUAAGGGAAAAAUAGGAAAGUAUAUCAAGUGUUUAGCCAAUACCCAUGCCUUGCUCCAAAAGUAGCCGACGGUGGUGGCUCAACAAAAAUAAAGACCAUUUCAUUAUUUUGUCAUCUAGCAUCUCUUGCAAUUGCUCAAAUGAUACAACCACCAUUUCAGCAAUUCACGAUGGGUUCUUCUUCAUGAGGCAGUGAUGUGAUGGAAUGGUACGAAUAUUCGGAAUAUAACAGAUGGAGGUCUUCCUACUGAUGAAGGAAAACUUUAUCUUAUGAGAAUUGAUGUAGGUGGGAUAUUUCGUUUGUAUUCACAUGAUUUGAAAAAGAACGCAAUUUGGUCAGUUGAGUGGGAGUCUUCCGAGGAUAAGUGUGUUCCUAAAGGCCUAUGCGGAUUGAAUAGCUAUUGUGUCUUAAUUGAUCUAGAGCCUCACUGUCGAUGUCUUCCGAGAUUCGAAUCUGUCAACCUGGGAAAUCAGACAUCCGGGUGCGAGAGAAACUUUGUUGCGGAUGCGUGCAAAAACAGGAAUGAGAAUUUCACUUACACCAUGGAAGAGCUGGAAAGCACAUGGGAAGAUGAUUCGUAUAUGAGUUUGAGAUUAUCAGACAAAGACGAUUGCAUACAAGGCUGUCUGGAGGAUUGUGACUGUGAAGCUGUGUUUUUUGACGGUACAAACUGCAGAAAGCAAAGGCUUCCUUUGAGAUUUGGUAGAAGAGACAAAGGAACUUCAGAGAGAGCUUUCAUCAAGGUAGGUGUACCUACAAAACCAGAUACAGAUCCUAGAAUUGUUCAACCAGGAAGCAAGAAAAAAGCACAUAAGUGGAUAUGGAUCGGCACGGCUAUUGGCGCUGCUCUAUUGGUAAUGGUGCUUUGCAUCUCGAGCUAUCUACUAAGGAGGAAACUAUUUUCAGGGGAGACCAACCCAAUGAUUGAGAAUGAAAUGCUUGAAUGGAUGGAAUCUGAUAGAUCCACUGGCGAUGUCAAGGGGCUUCAAAAUGAUGGAAAGAUGGGAAAUAAUUUGACAGUAUUUCGCUACGCAUCUGUCGUGGCUGCCACAACAAACUUCUCGGAAGAAAACAAGCUUGGACAGGGGGGCUUUGGACCUGUUUAUAAGGGCAAACUUGUGACGGGGCGAGAAAUUGCUGUGAAGAGGCUUUCAAGAUGUUCAGGGCAAGGAACUUCGGAGUUUAAGAAUGAAUUGAUACUCAUAUCUGAACUCCAACAUACAAACCUCGUUCACCUUUUUGGCUUCUGCAUUCAUGGGGAAGAGAGGAUGUUAAUCUAUGCCUACAUGCCAAACAAAAGUUUGGACUACUUUUUAUUCGAUUCAACCAGAGCGAUGCUACUAGAUUGGACGAAGCGGUUCAACAUAAUUGAAGGAAUCGCUCAAGGACUGCUUUACUUGCAUAAAUACUCAAGAAUGAGAGUAAUUCACAGAGAUUUAAAAGCUAGUAACAUACUACUUGAUGAAUAUAUGAAGCCCAAAAUUUCUGAUUUUGGUUUGGCGAGAAUUUUUACACAUAAUGAACUUGAAGCAAAUACUAAUAGGAUUGUUGGAACAUAUGGUUACAUGUCUCCCGAGUACGCUAUGGAGGGGAUUUUUUCGAUAAAAUCUGACGUCUAUAGUUUCGGGGUGUUAGUGCUUGAAAUCAUUAGUGGUAGGAGAAAUAGUAGCUUCUACAUUGCUGAUCACGUGCUCAAUAUAGUAGGAUAUGCAUGGGAGUUAUGGAAAGAAGGCAGGGGGCUAGAGCUAAUGGAUCCAACACUAAAGGAUUCAUGUACUGAAGAUCAAUUGUUAAGAUGCUUCCAAGUUGGUCUGUUAUGCGUGGAAGAAAAUGCAGCUGAUCGGCCCUCCAUGUCUGACGUCGUAUCUAUGUUGACCACUGAAACAAUUUCAUUGCCAUUACCUACAAGGCCAGCAUUCAUCACAAUAAGAAAUGUUAUUGUGUCUGAUAUAAGUAUAAGUAGAAGGGAGUUGCAAAUUAUAUCAGUAAAUGGCUUGUCUAAUACCACAGUUGCUGGACGAUAGAGGAUUCGUCUAUUAGCUAAACGAUAUCUUCGGGCCAUAAUUACAAUGGUACCUUCAUUUUGGAACAUUGCUUGGCUUUUGUAUAUGUUGUAUUCCCUGUGAAAGUAGAUUUUCUUACGGAUCAUAGUUUUUUAAUUGGCAA